AUGGAUAAAUCACGCCUUCUCUGGCGGGCGCUGUCUCCCUUUCCCUCCCGGCCGACACCACGUUCGCUCAGCAGCUUGCCGUUGCCACUCCGCUCCCCGCGACCGACUCCGCCAUGGACGUGCAAGCAAUGUCUCGGCCAAUCCCGAUCCCGCCCCGCCAUCCACCCAUCCACCCCCCUUCUCCGCCAACAGCGGCGCCAGGCCUCCAACAAUCCCGCCGAUGACCCGGGCUUCACUUCGAUCGUGGACAACCCUCCGCAACUCAUCCGAGCCAACCAGAAACACAACAAAUUUGGCCUGCUCUUCCUCGCCCUCAUCCCCGCCACAGCAUUUGUGCUCGGCUGCUGGCAGGUUCAACGAUUGGGCUGGAAGUCGGACCUGAUAGCCCGCUUUGAGGAUCGAUUGAUCCGAGACCCCCUGCCGCUGCCACCGCAGGUUGACCCCAAUGCCAUCAAAGACUUUGACUAUCGACGCGUCUACGCACGUGGACGGUGGCGGCAUGACCAGGAGAUGCUGAUUGGGCCUCGAGUUCAUGACGGAGAGGAUGGUUUUUUGGUGGUGACGCCACUAGAGAGGACAGGCGACUUCCCGGAUGAGAAAGGAAACACUACAAUCCUGGUGUGCAGAGGGUGGAUCAGCAAGGACAAAGCUGCGCCGAGCAAACGGCCCGAAGGAUUGCCAGAGGGUGAAGUGAUUGUGCAGGGAUUGCUGAGAGAGCCGUGGAAGAAGAACAUGUUCACGCCGGACAACCAGCCCCAGGACAAGAAAUGGUACUUUCCUGAUGUUCAUCAGAUGGCCGAGCAUUCCGGAGCGCAGGCGGUUUGGGUGGAGGAGACGAUGCGGCCGGACUUGUUGACCAGCUAUGCGAGGCUGGAGAAGGGCAUUCCGAUCGGGAGACCACCCGAGGUUAAUCUGAGGAAUAACCACACGCAAUACAUAUUUACGUGGUUCUCACUCUCGCUAGCAACGACCAUCAUGAUGUGGAUGGUGAUCAAGAAGCCUUCCAGUGCAAGGCGAAUCAAGCAGAACAAAGAGUGGUAG